AUGGAAGGGAGUGCGACUACCGGCGCGGAGACAUCUGGAUACCAGUUUUAUGAAAACGUAAAAACAUUUUUACAGACGGGGCGAAUGUUGCCCCUCUGGGGGAAGCAGGAGAGGUGGAAGGUCCGCCGCUCAUCCAAGCGGUUCAUAGUGAAAGAUCGUCGCUUAUUUUACAUCGGGCCGAGGCGGCAGUACAUGCGGCUGGUAAUAACCAGCGACGCGGAGAAAGACGCUGUGUUAAACGAGUGUCACAACCUGCCUGGGUCUGGCAACCACCGCAAGUUCAGGGGUACGCGAAACAAGGCCAUUUCUGGGUAUUUCUGGGAUGGCCAGGCGAAGGACAUUGAGAACUGGUUAAAUGAGAAAAUAUUUGAAAUGCUUCGCAUAAAACAUUCAGUCUCCAGUGCCUAUCAUCCCCAGACUAAUGGCCAGGAUGAACGCACGAACCAGAACAUCAAGCGUGCCCUCCGCAAAUAUGUAAAUGAUGCCCAUGAUGACUGGGACCUCCAUCUCGAUGCAGUCAUCUAUGGCAUAAACACCACUCUGCAGGCAUCCACGAGGCAUACACCAUUCUUUUUAAUGUAUCACCGCCACCCAUUGCUGCCUGAGGUCCUGAACGCCUGUCCCCUGGCAGAAUUUGAGAUGGGCAAGCCUGACGACGAAGUGGACGAUGUGGUCAACAAAAUGAAGGCAGUUAAUGAGAAGGUUUUGCAGAACAUCGAAAGGGCGCAACAACGCCAGAUGAAGGGCUUUGCCACCCGCAAAGGCAAAAAAUUGCCAGUCCGCCCUAUUGGUGUUGGGGAUGAGGUGCUGGUGGUGAAUAACCCACUUAACAAGUCCCUUAAAGAAGGACUGUCCGCCCGCCACAGAGGGCCAUAUACGGUUGUGGGCCUGACCGCAAAAGGUGUUGCCACACUGAAAUAUGUCCUGGACACCAGCCGCCCAGGCAAUGAACUCCUCACCAAAGAGGGAGAUGUCUGCCUUCUCCGUGAGGAUUUCCUAAGCCUGGGUCUCAACAGGUGCAUGGACUCAACCGUAAAAGAUGUCCAUAUUGUGGACAUGUUUGCUGUCCCUACCUGGAAAAUGGAUGUGGACCCCCUGUCCAAUCUGCCGGUGAGUGUCUUUGCAGAAGUAUGUGUAUGUUUUUGUAUGGGUUUCCCACAACAAACCGGCGGAGUGAACUGUGGAAUCUUCAUGCUAAUGUAUGCGCUCAGCUUUUGCACUAGCACUCCGUUCAACUUCUCAGAGGUAAAUUAUUUUGUUCUGCUCAUCAUGUUGUUCCAUAUUUUACUAAAUUGUGCUGGUUAAUGAAACAUUACUAGGCAUGUUAGUAAUAAUUGUGAUCCAACAUGAUACUCUAGCCACCACUGAGGUGCAUUUGGAGGUUUUUUUGUCAGAAAACCUGACGGUGGUGACAUCUGAUGGAGUUCACCAAAAAACACAUGUUUUACAUGUUUUUGACAUGUUUUAAGAAUAU